AUGCUGUUGACCACGUUGAACAAGUACUAUACCGAGGCCGAGGGACAGGCCUACCUCGAAGCCCUCUCCAAGCAGUGGUACGACAACCGUUUGGCCCCGACGGCCCUGACCAACAGUGAUCUGGCGUUACAGUACUUUGCGCAGCCGGAUACCAACGCUUUUUAUCAGCGUGAUUGCAACAACGAGCGUGUCAAGCAGGCCAACUUUGGGCUGUUGGACCAUCAAAAACUCCGUGAAAUGCGCGGCAUUGAAUAUGAGGCGCGCGCCGUUCUGCCUCCGUUUUUGCACCAUGUUGUGCAGAAGCGACGCUUCAAGCCCUCGCUGGCCCUUGACACGGCCUACUACUACAUUCUCAACGGCAACGCAUAUCAAGCACCUGACCUCAGCUCGCUCAUCUCCAGUCGCCUCAGCAGCGCUCUGCACAGCCUCUCCGCCGCCUUCAAGGCUGGUCAAGGGUGCCUCAAGCGUGCACCACAAUCCAUGAAGCGCAAGGCCGCCUCGGCCAGCAAGCAUCAACUCAAAUACAAGACACAGGCCGCCUCGGGCAUCCAAGCACGGCAGGUUGCCGAGGCACUCAGCGUUACUGUCAACAGCGCUGCCAAAACCGUGGCCGAUGCGGCCGCCUCACCUUCAGCCUCACACGCCGUAGUCCCGUCCGAGGAGAAGCCUGACAGCAGUACUGCGGCUUGA